CCUUCUGCCCGCCCUGCUCGCGGGAGGGCGUGGCUUCCGUGGCCGCUGGGAGCCGGCAGCCCUUUCCCUGAGGCCUCAGUCCGAGGUGCACCGGAGCGCGAGGCGGUGGCGCGGCCCGGCGGCCGGCGGCCUGGAGCUCGCCUUCACAGGACGGGGGGGCCCUCGAGGGAGCGCGGUCCGAACUGACCUCGGAAACCGACGUCCCCGUUGUGUUGGUGAAGCGGAGGAACAUAGGCGGCCAUGGCUCGACCCUGAAGUGCCUUAUAUUGGAGGAGGAGCCUCAGCCAUCAUGCCAGCUGAUGAAUACUGGCUGUGUUUACCGGCCUCUCCUUUUAGACCUUUUGUACAGACGGUCAGGGUGGUGCCUUGUCCCCACUGUUGCUGGCUUCCAGGUGUUGUCCCUGCAGUCCCCGAGCCAUCACUACCUGCUGUGCUGCCGAGAGGCAAUCCCAGUACUCUGCCUCUUCCACCUUUUACUGCAUCCCCUUCCACAUUCCCAGCAUCCUCUUCUGCCGACCCUAAGCUCUGCCUUUCGCCCCCUACGUCUGAUGGUAGGGAGGAGAAAAAUGUGCAGUCUGGGCUGGCUUAUGAAGAGGGCCGACUUCAAAGACUAUUGAAGAUGAAUGGCUCUGAGGAUCUAUCUGAGUCCUAUGACUAUGAUCUCAUCAUCAUUGGAGGGGGCUCCGGAGGACUGGCAGCUGCCAAGGAGGCAGCCAAAUAUAACAAGAAAGUGUUGGUCCUGGAUUUUGUCACUCCAACCCCUCUUGGAACUAGAUGGGGCCUUGGAGGAACAUGCGUGAAUGUGGGCUGCAUACCUAAAAAACUGAUGCAUCAAGCAGCUUUGUUAGGACAAGCCCUGCAAGACUCUCGAACCUAUGGAUGGAACAUUGGGGAGACGGUUAAACAUGACUGGGAAAAAAUGACCGAAGCUGUGCAGAACCACAUUGGCUCUCUGAACUGGGGCUACCGGGUAGCACUUCGGGAGAAAAAAGUCACCUAUGAGAAUGCGUACGGGGAGUUUGUCGGUCCCCAUAGGAUUAAGACAACAAAUAACAAAGGCAAAGAAAAAAUCUAUUCAGCAGAGAGAUUUCUGAUUGCUACUGGUGAAAGGCCACGUUACUUGGGCAUUCCUGGUGACAGAGAAUACUGCAUCAGCAGUGAUGAUCUUUUUUCCCUGCCUUACUGCCCGGGUAAGACCCUGGUGGUUGGAGCAUCGUAUGUUGCUUUGGAAUGUGCUGGAUUUCUUGCUGGCAUUGGUUUAGAUGUCACUGUUAUGGUGCGGUCCAUUCUCCUUAGAGGAUUUGACCAGGACAUGGCCAACAAAAUUGGAGAACAUAUGGAAGAGCAUGGGGUCAAGUUUAUAAAGGAAUUUGUACCAAUAAAAAGUGGUCACUGCAUUUCUCACAACAGCUACAGGACUGGAAAAAUACCUGUCACAGAUGAAGAGCAGACCAAUGUGCCAUAUAUCUACGCCAUUGGUGAUAUAUUGGAGGGGAAGCUGGAGCUCACCCCAGUAGCAAUCCAGGCAGGAAGAUUGCUGGCUCAGAGGCUGUAUGCCGGCUCCACUGUCAAGUGUGACUAUGAAAAUGUUCCAACAACUGUGUUUACUCCUUUGGAAUACGGUUCUUGUGGUCUUUCUGAAGAGAAAGCUGUGGAGAAAUUCGGGGAAGAAAAUAUUGAAAUUUACCAUAGUUACUUCUGGCCGCUGGAAUGGGCAAUUCCAUCAAGAGAUAACAACAAAUGUUAUGCAAAAAUAGUCUGUAAUAUCAAAGACAAUGAACGAGUGGUGGGCUUCCACGUGCUGGGUCCAAAUGCUGGGGAAGUUACACAGGGCUUUGCGGCCGCAGUCAAGUGUGGGCUGACCAAGCAGCAGCUGGACAGCACCAUCGGGAUCCACCCUGUCUGCGCAGAGGUGUUCACAACUCUGUCGGUGACCAAGCGCUCCGGGGGAGACAUCCUCCAGGCUGGCUGCUGAGGUUAAGCCCCAGUGUGGGUGCUGUUGCCCAAGACUCCAAACCACUGAUGUUUCCUAGCCCAAAUCCAAGGAGUUUUUAGGAAGGUUCUUGGGCCCUGGCACCUGUGUCCCAAGCCUGCACCACCCGAGGCACCCUCGGAUCAUGGGUAGGAGAAGGUGGUGAAUGGAAGGCAGCAGUGACACACUGGGGUCACCGUGAUGGACUCAGCUGACAUUCGGCAGCGCAUUGAGGGAUGCGUCCAUGAAGUCACUGGUCUCAAGCCACGUGGUGGGCAGUGACCGAACAGCUGUCGGAGCAGUUUUAGCAUGGCCUUUUCUUUGUGGGUUUUCUUACUCUCAUUGUCAAGCUUUCUAAUGUUGCUUAUUGUUUUCCUUGUGCAAGGAAGGCAGGCUCUGGCUCAGUUGGGGCUGCAUAGGCUUGUCCUGUCAAAUUGGGCUGUCCUAGGGCUCAGACAUACUGUUGUAUUUGACCAACGUGUUUAGCAGUGUCUCCCCCCAAAUUUACCUGUCCCAAACUAGAAAAUGUAUGAUUGACUCGGGUCAAAUUUGUCUCCCUGUGCUGUAUCACUGAUCAUUGUUUUUCUGUUUAAGAGAGGAAGUGGCUGCUUAGCCAGCCUCUUUGAAGUGAUAUCCCACUGCAUGGAACUUGGUGUAGUAUAAUAUGAUUUCCACCAUUACUCAUCAUGGAGGCAGAAGAACACCUUGAAUGGGGAAAAGCAAUAAAUGUCUUCCUUUGUUUAGUUGACUGUUGGUCGAAGCGAGCUGAGACCUUUUGUAAUGGAAAAUACUUGCUUUAAACUUUUUUGGGGGGCAGCUUUAGCUUUAAGCUAAAAAUACAAACUAUCACAGCUUUAGUUUUUGUGUGUCAUGUAUCUGCCCUUUCCUAAGAACUGCAUUUGUAGGAAGAUAGGUCUUUGCACACUUACAACUUAACUCUUUCGUGGUAACUGCUUUUUUAAGGAAGCUUUUAAUAAGUUAUUUUUGAACACAGGUGGAUGUGAAGGAUUCUUGUUUCAAAACCAAAUGGUUUUGACUUUUGUUGAAGGACUGUUUCUGGUGGGGUUUGGCAGACAUGCUCAUGCUCUCCCAGCAUCCCACAUGUAUCAUACACGUGGCAGUUGGACUGCUGCGCAGUGGGACUGACCGGAUUCUAUCUCGGCCGUCCCCUCACCGCAGAUGUUAGGCUUUACUCACGCUGUGGACAUCGGGCCUCCCCCCAGCAGUUCUUAGAGCUGUAUCUCUCCCCCUGCAUGUAUUGCUUAUCUGCAACUCCGAGUGGUCGAUUAAAAGUACAUUUCUUGGUCACCUCAGGGACGUUUACGUGUCUGCCUGGCAUUUAGUCAGCAGACUGCCUAACCCUGCCCCACAGGCUCUGCCUCACACCCUCCUCCCGUCUGGUUAUAUGAAGCAGAGGGGGGAAGAGGGGAGGAGAGGGGGAAUUGAGGCAGUUCACUGUGUCCACUUCUAUUUAUUUUUUCAUUUGUUCUUUCUCCAAGUCUGCCAGUCUGUGAAAUUAGGACAGUAGGCAAUAGAGAUGAUCGUGCCUAAUCAUGUUGUGAUUCUCUCCCAAGUGGAAUGGAAUGCUCUGCCCCCACAAGGAUUAUACUUUGUAGACUUGUCUUGUUUAGUCUGUAAUUGCCCAGUGUAUUAAAACUCAUUAAAUUCCAUGAUUUUUUGUUAUAAAUCUUCUGAAAAAAAAAUAACAAUGUGAAACAUUAAAAGUUAUCAAUAACCA